CCUGCAGGACCGCCGCGCCGCCCGCCCGCCAGCCGCCGCCAUGAUCAUCCCCGUGCGCUGCUUCACCUGCGGCAAGAUCGUGGGCAACAAGUGGGAGGCCUACCUGGGACUGCUGCAGGCCGAAUACACCGAGGGGGACGCCCUGGAUGCCCUGGGCCUGAAGCGCUACUGUUGCCGCCGAAUGCUGCUGGCACACGUGGACCUGAUUGAGAAGUUGCUCAACUACGCACCACUGGAGAAGUAGCCACUGGAGCUGCUUUCCUGCUCUACUGAUAUGGACAGUGUCACGCCAAGUUCAUCAAGCUGAGGUGUCUGUGGGUGGCAACGAUGCGUGGCCUCAGCCACAUGCCCCCCACGCUGGAAGGAAAGUUCAGUAAAGGUCUUGAGAAUUA